CUGUUCUGCUCCUAAUUUAGCUACCUGGGUGAUAAGCAGCAGUAUAUAGCGGAGCCCAGCCACCCCCUCGCUGCGGAGGAGCUGCGGAGCUGACACAGCAGGAUGGCUAGCCGGAAAGCCGGGACCCGAAGCAAAGCUGCUGCCAAGCGUGCCCAGAGGGGCUCCUCCAACGUCUUCUCCAUGUUUGAGCAGUCUCAGAUCCAGGAGUUCAAGGAGGCAUUCAGCUGCAUCGACCAGAACCGUGACGGCAUUAUCACGAAAUCAGACCUGAAGGAGACCUAUUCCCAGCUUGGGAAAUUGAACAUGAAGGAUGAGGAGCUGGACGAGAUGCUGAAGGAGGGGAAGGGCCCCAUCAACUUCACUGUCUUCCUCGCACUCUUCGGGGAGAAGCUGAAUGGCACCGACCCGGAGGAAUCCAUCCUCAACGCUUUCAAACUCUUCGACCCCGACGGAACCGGCCACGUGAACAAGGACGAGUUUAAGCAGCUCCUGCUGACCCAGGCAGACAAGUUCACCCCGGAGGAGGUGGAGCAGAUGUUCGCGGUGACGCCCAUCGACGUGGCGGGAAACAUUGAUUACAAAUCACUCUGUUACAUCAUCACCCACGGCGACGAGAAGGAGGACUGACAGGUGAUGCGGACAAUCAGCAUGUGUCCCAUGCCUAGCGCCAUUGAAAUAAAAGCCCAAGCCCAUCAAACGAGA